AACGAAAACAAGUCAUUCUUAUGAAACAUUUAAUACUUCUACGCCCUUAAAAGUCGCCGUUUUUCAUUUAGAGAGGAUUUUUUGUCAGUUUUAUGAAGCAGCUGUUUCGCCAAAAUGUCGAUCUAUAGAAAUGCGGUGUGGUUUUUGAAAGGCAUGCAGGAGUAUACGAGGAGCGGUUAUGAGGCUGCAGCAAAGCAUUUUAACCCCUCAGACCUUGAGGUGAAUCUAGGCGGGAGAUCCUUUAUGAUCACUGGAGCAAACAGCGGCAUUGGAAAAGCCACAGCUCAAGAGAUCGCCAGCAGAGGUGGCACUGUUCACAUGGUGUGCAGAAACAAAGGCCGAGCAGAUGCAGCCAAAGACGAGAUUGUAGAAAAGAGCAAAAAUGAGAAUGUCCAUGUCCACAUUCUUGACAUGUCCAAUAUGAAGCAGGUUUGGGAGUUUGCCCAAAACUUUGCACAAAAAAACACACUCCAUGUUCUAAUUAAUAAUGCUGGAUGUAUGAUAAACCAGAGGGAACUGACAGAGGAGGGACUGGAGAAGAACUUUGCCACAAACACACUCGGUACGUAUAUCCUCACCACAGCUUUAAUUCCUCUGUUAAAGCAGGCCACGGACCCCAGAGUGGUCACAGUGUCGUCAGGUGGGAUGCUAACUCAAAAACUCAACAUAGAUGACCUGCAGUUUGAAAAAGGAACAUUUGAUGGGACCAUGGCUUAUGCACAAAACAAGAGGCAGCAGGUGAUCCUCACUGAGAGAUGGGCGGCUCAGCACAAAGAGGUUCACUUCUCCUCCAUGCACCCGGGGUGGGCCGACACUCCAGCGGUCCAGACCUCGAUGCCCUCCUUUCAUGCUAAGAUGCAGUCGAGGCUCCGCACUGAAGCCAUGGGAGCAGACACUGUGGUGUGGUUAGCCGUGUCUGAGGCCGCCUCCAAGCAGAAGAGUGGACAGUUUUUCCAAGACCGUACAGCUGUAUCCACACAUUUACCUCUGGCUGCCUCCAGAUCCUCUCCACAGGACGAAGAAAAGCUCGUGAACAUUUUGGAAGAAUUUGCUCAGAAAUUUAAACCAUAAAUUAUUCUGUCAAAUCUACUUGAAACUAGAGAGCACUAUUUACUGAAAAAUCCAUGUUUACACUUUUACUAAUUCACUUUGAUAUCUGGUUUGGAUUUUAUUAUGAGAGUGAUUUGUAAUGUAAACUAAUAAUCAUGUAAAACAUUCAGUGUUAUGCUUAUAAUUAAAGGUGCACUAAGUAACUUUUCUGAGGGAGGGUCCUAUCUGCUUGUCUCCAUGCAGAAUUUAUUUAAUUUUGAGUGCUUUAUUGCUUCGACUGUGAGCAUGUUGACUUUCCACUGAUCUGUUUAAUGUAGCAGUUCACAAAGUGGGGUACAGAGACCCCUGGGGGCCCCCCUCUGAGGGUUGUCCAUACAAGAAGCAAGAAAGAAAAUUUUACGCAAGAUAUUUGUUUAUCUUAGUAUCAGCCCACACGAAUGAUGUUUCAUCAUAAAUCUAAUUUAACCUCCUGAGACCCGAGCUCUUGCAUGAUAUGCUUUAUUAAUUUCUCUUUGUUAUUUGGGCUGGCUGGGACCUGAUGAGUGUAAACACAAAGAAUUAUCUUUUUACAUUAUGUAGUUUCUGAGAAAAAAUUAUGUAAAUCAAAUGUCCUCAUAUGUGGACAUUUUACUCAUUUUGAUAAAACAUUUGAAUAAUGAUUUACAAAAACUAUUUAUUAAGACCCUGAACACAGCAACAUUUGUCCUGCAUGUAAAAACAAAAUGAGAAACAACAAUUGUGCCUCUUGGAACAAUGUGUCUCUUGUGAAGAGCUGCUGACAGGAACAGGAAGAAAAACAAAAACAAUUAAAAUAAAAUAUUCUAAACUGUUAAAAAUGAAUAUAUAUAAUAUAUUUACAUUGUUGCUGUUCUUGAAUGCUGUUAUUCUUCAUCUAAUAAUUUGCACUGUGGCCUAGAUAAGCCAAAAACGUGUUGUCCACAUAUGAGGACGCCAGGUCUCAGGAGGCUAAAACAUUACAUAUUCUUUUAUAUGUUGUGUAAAACAUUAUUAGAGGGAUGUGAUCUUCGCAUCGAUAGGGGGCCACAGCACAGCAGACUUUGAGAAUGGCUGGUUUAAUGGAAUAGCUCUUGUCAUGUCUUGCCAUUCUUGUCAAAGUAAACAUCUCCAUGGAGACAAGCAGAUGUUGCAGCCACCAAAAGUUAUGCAUUGCAGCUUUAAAAUAUUAUAUUACAUGCUAUUGCUGAAGUGAUUGUUUAUAAUAUGUUGCAAAACUGAAUUUCAAAAUAACAAUAUAUUUCAACUUAUAUUAAGUGUGAAUGUAAAUGACUAAAAUCAAUGUUCUUG